CAGGGGAGUCGCAGUAUCUGAGAGAGUGGGGGCCGAGGAGGGGUGCGUUAGGGGAGAGUGAGAGCCUGUAAGUGCCUAAAAUAUGUGUAUGAGGGGCCGUGAGGGCACGGAGAGGGGGCAGGGCUCGGUGAGAGGGGCUUUGAAGGUGUAAAGGAGUUGCAGAGCCCUCCGAGAGGGCCUUUGGGGGCCCACGGGUGGGGUGCAGGGCCAUAGAGGAGGUUGUGGGUUAAUAGGCUGCCUGGGAGAUGCACAAGGCUGUCUUGGGUUAUUGAAGUGCCUUGCAGGAAUCAUCGCACACUGAGCACUGUCUCCAGCACGUGACAUAGCCCAGGACUGGAAGUUCAGGAAACUUCUGUGUCUCCCAUCACAGAGCUGCUCCGACAGUCCCACUCCCACCCCCCAGGCUGACACUGCUGGGACCGAAGCCCCUUUGCCAUGGUGGGUCCAGUGACCCGAGGGGGCCCUGUUUGGCUCUGCACACCCCACUCUCACAGUCAGACCAGGUUCCUCAUCAGCUCGGCCCCAGGUUUACUUUAAGGAACUAGAGGGUAGAGCCCACCCUCAGCACGCUGGCAGGUGACACGACAGAAGGAUAGGGACAUCCAGGGUGACCUGGAAAAGCUUGAGAAGUGGGACCACAAGAACUUGAUGGCGAAGUGGAGGGGGCUGCACUUGGGUUGGGGCAAUCCCAGGCAUCAGCACAGACUGGGAGAAGGGCUGAGAGCAGCCCUGCAGAGAAGGACUUUGGGGGUUUUGGUGGAGGAAAUGCUGGACAUGAGCCAACAGUGAGCGCUGGCAGUGCUGAAGGCCAAGUGCAUCCUUGGGGUGCAUCAAAAGAGGGGUGGCCAGGGGGGUGAGGGAGGGGAUGGUCAUCCUCUACUCUGGGGGGUUGGGAUGAGAUCAUCUUUAGGGUCCCGUCCAACCCAAGCUGUUCCGUGACCCUGUGAUUCCAUAAGAUGGCGGCAGUUCCAUUGUUCCCAUCACAGCCCCAUCAUGUCCAGGGACACAGGUGACAGUUCUCCAGAGCUGCUGAAGGCAGGAAGGUUCCAGAGCGGGUGUCACAGAGGCCAGGCUGUCCCAGGGCAGCGGGGUCGCUCCCAGCACAUCCCUGGCUGGGCUGGGUGAGUUCUGCUGGGGCCGAGCCUGCUGGGAGCCACCAUCCUCCUCUGCCUGGUCGGUGUCCUCCAGGCCUUUGCCAUCGAGAAGAAAGGGGAUGUGUUCAAGAAGAUGGCAUGUCCCACCUUCCUGACAUUUGAGAAUGUUGCCUACUUGGCAGACAUGACCCUCAAGCUUCCCUGCAAAUGCAAGCCCAAGGAGGUCUCUUCUGUCGUCUGGUACUUCCAGAAGAACCUGCUCGGCUGCGAGACCACGGUGCUGACGGACUUCAACGGCACCGUGGUGCUGGACUCCAGCCACGUCCUCACAGGCAGCAACCUGCUGAAGCGCUUCAGCAUCUGCAUGUUCAGACUCAUCAUGUUCCCGGCCCAGGUGAGGGAUUCUGGGCACUACCUGUGCGGCUCCAAGGAAGGGCACUUCCCGCGCCUCCUGUGCCUCCACAGCCCUGAGGUGGCCGUCCGGAGCUGCUUGGCACUGUGCCCGCCCAAGGAGGUGCCCGAGGAGGGAGUCCAGUCCAUCUCCAACAUCAUCUACAAGUUUGGGGAGAAGCCCAUGUCCCCAUCCCAAACUGACCUGGUGAUCACGUGCCCGGGGGCCCGCCCGGAGCACACCGUGGGCUGGGACAAGGACUCAGUCCAACUCUACCGCUCCCAGUACCUCGUGGGUGUUGGGAAGGGCAUGAGGGUCUUCAUCGACCACAGGAACCACCUGCACAUCCUGCAGGUGUGCAGGAGCGACAGGGGCACCUACUUCUGCUGGAGGGAUGGCGAGAUGAUGGUGGGAUUCUGGCUCAGCGUCACCUUCCCGGCUCAGCACUGGCACGGCCCUGAGUCCAUCUUCAUCAUGAGGGCCAUGGGCAUCAGCUUCGCCGUCAUCACCGGCAUCUUCUUCCUCACCCACCUGGGCCGCUGCUGCUGGUGGGCACUCAGGAAACAGACCGGGUUGUAGCGUCUCCCCUGCAGGGCACUUGGAUGCCUCGGAUCAUCCUCCUGUUGGAAAUCUCCGAUGUUCUGUUUUUUCUUUGCUUUUGACUUUUCAAAGGAAAACUAUUUUUCAAAUUAACCUGGUGAUUAAACAUCUCUGAUUCUGGGGCUGUUUUGAACUCACCCAACUCAGCACAGAAUUGGGAGUCGAUGUUUGAGGCAAAGCUUAAAGGCCACAGGGGCAGCACGGACCCCUCUCCCAGGCCGGGGCAGGGCAGCUGCUCAGCCUGCUCCAGGCUCCAGGGUCCCCCCAGGAAGCCCAGGAUGGCUACAGGGACACAAUCUGCACUCAUGAUGAGCCAAACACUCAGUGAUGACACCAGGAGCAAAGCCAGGGAAGGGAUGUGGCAGGAAGGGACAGAGCUACAGCAAACAAUCAGCACCUCCCACACUUGGUGAGAGGAGUGGGGUAUGGCUGUUUGGGUCCCUGAAGGGCAACACACCUACCCAGAGCGCCGGCAUGACCCCAAAAGGGCCCACACAUGGCAGCAGCCUGUAUUAGGAAGGGUUCGAAAUAUAUCGAAUCUUGAAACCAUGACACCGUUAAAAGCUUAACAAAAAUCAAUAUUUAUUACCAAGAGGUGGCCAACAAAAUGAACAAACCCAAAAGGGAGGAAGGAGGAGAGAAAUAUGCCCCUAGCACAACCUCCCCAGUUACCCAGUUGUUGCCCAUAAAGUUAUCUUACCAAUCUAGCAUGCCUAUAAUUACCCAUAGC